AUGAGUGAUUUACCAUUGUUAGGCGCUACUCGUGAGACAUCACAUAAUGUCAUAUCAAAUUUUGCAAAGUACACUAAACUAACCAUCAAAUCUUCUCCCGUCAAUUAUCUAUUAGUGUUUGUUCCUUUGGGCUUAUUUUCGGGAUAUUUGGAAUGGAGUGCGACUGCUCGCUUUUGGCUCAAUUUCCUUGCUAUUAUACCAUUGGCGUCUAUAUUGGCAUAUGCAACGGAGGAAAUAAGUGAACAUGUUGGGCAAACAGUAGGAGGGUUGUUGAAUGCGACAUUUGGUAAUGCUGUGGAGUUGAUUGUUUCUAUAAUUGCUUUGAAGAGUAACCAAGUUCGCAUCGUACAAGCUUCAAUGUUGGGAUCUAUAUUGAGUAAUUUACUAUUGGUUCUUGGUUGCUGUUUUGUUGCUGGUGGAAUCACUAGAGUUCAACAAACAUUUAAUCAAACCGUAGCUCAGACUAUGUCAAGUUUAAUGGCAUUGGCUACAAGUUCGUUGUUGAUUCCUGCUGCUUUCCACGCUUCUUUACCACAACCAAAGAAGAAUAAUGGCACAUUUCCAGAGCCAGGUAGCACCGAUGAUUUGAUCUUGAACUUGUCGAGGGGUGUUUCGGUGAUACUACUCAUUAUCUACUUGUUUUACUUGUUAUUCUCAUUAAAGACGCACAAGUCAUUAUUUGAAGAGUCAAACUCAGAAGGGUUGAUUAAUCAAAAUGAUUCAUCAGACGAUAUAAUUACUGGAAAUAAAAAUGAAACAAACGACCAUUUAUCAGUGACUGGAGGAUUGACCGUUUUGUUGUUAACAACAAUAUUGGUUUCUUUAUCAGCAGAUACCUUGGUCAGCUCAAUCGACGAAACUGUUGAAAAGUCAGGACUUUCAAAGACAUUUAUCGGUUUGAUUAUCAUUCCAAUAGUAGGCAACGCUGCUGAGCAUGUCACUGCAAUCAUUGUUGCUAUGAAAGAUAAAAUGGAUUUGGCCAUUGGUGUUGCUGUUGGAUCUUCACUACAGAUUGCAUUGUUUGUCACUCCAUUUAUGGUGUUAAUUGGCUGGGCAAUUGACGUGCCAAUGUCGCUUUAUUUCUCGACUUUUGAAACUGCUAUAUUAUUUGUUAGUAUUUUCAUAACUAAUUUGGUGAUUUUGGAUGGAGAGAGUAAUUGGUUAGAAGGUGCUAUGUUGUUGAGCACUUAUUUGAUAAUUGCGUUGGCCUUCUUUUAUUAUCCAGAUCAAGCAGGCUUAUGA